GGAACUCUUCCCCACUGGAUCUUCCUGACUCAUUGGUGAAGACUGGCUGGCAAGCUCUUCCCUAACGCCCUGUGGCUUUGUCAGUGGGCACCUGUCCAUGAGAUCACCCUACCCAAGGCUCAGGACAGGUGCUGGAUCACCUAACCGUACACUCUCGGUUUACAGAUAUGGAAACUGAGUCCUAGGGUGGUAACUUUCCUGUGUCACCUAGCUAGCUAUCAUGUGGCCAAAAUAGGACUGCAUCUUUCUGACACCCAGUUCCAAGUGUUUUUCAGAAUGUUUGGAAGGUUGCAAAUUUUUUCCUGGUUUUAGUUUUUCAAACUUGGAAGUGUUAAGUCCCUUGAAACUAACAUUUCCUUCUUGUGAACUAAGAAUAUGAAAUACUAACUCUGUAUGGUAGACUUUUAUUAAGAGGUCUACCAAGCACUGGGUAGUGGUGGUCCAAGCCUUUAAUCCCAGGACUCCCAGGCAGAGGCAUUUAGAUCUCCUGAGUUCAAGGCCAGCCUGAUCUACAGAGUGAGUUCCAGGACAGCCAGGGCUACCCACAGAAGUUUUGUAUGGAAAAACCAAAAAGCAAACAAAACAAAGCUCCUGGCAUGUAUAAAUACCCCCUGGGCGGUUGGUCGGGUCAGCUAUUGGCCUUGUUGUCCCCGUGGGUGGAAGCAUCUGUCAGGUAAGGGUGGGGUAGCCUUUCCUCUGCAGCAGAUCUGGGGCACUGACCUCGCUCACCUGUUGGGGCCAGCACCUGGGAAGGCGUUUACAUUCUUGGCAUUCCUCUCCCCACGGGGGCUGCUGGGAUCUGGUAAGAGGCCUUGCAGAUGAAGCUAAGGAGAAAGUCAGAAUUGAUCUUUCCAACCACUCUGUUGGGACAGGAGAAGACCACACCCAGGUUCCCCCUACCAAAGGCCCUUCAUAUCCUUUUCCUCACAUACUACAUAGUUUCUAAGUUGUGGUUUGUCGGGUUUUAUUUUUUAUUGUGUUAAGGAUGGGAUUCCAGAGCGUUCUGCAUGAGAGACAAGCACUUUACCACUGAGCCAUACCUGCUGCUUAAAGUCGGUGGUAUGUCGUGAGUUCCAUCCGUGAAAUGGGUGGGCAGUUGUACCCUUAUCACCCAGUGGCUGGCAGAGUAACCGAUUGGAAGGGGGCCUGGUAUGCAUGUAGCAGUCACCAGGCUAGCUGCAGUUUUAAAUCGUAGAUGUGGAAACUAAGGGUCAGUAGGUCAAGUUACAAACAGACUCAAACUGGCAUCCAACCCAGGUCCAUCCAGCUGACCCUAAAAGCUAGAUCACUGUGGAACCUGCCAGGGUUCAGGAUGGCCAGAUUGAGUUUUCCAGCCCCAGGGGUAGAAGAGGGGUCCUGGUAGAAGACUAGUGCCUGUCCUGGUAUGGAGAGCACACAGAGCGUGACCUUGGGUGGCAGCUGUUGUCAGCAAUGAAGUCUGGUUGGGAGGCCCAGGUGCCUGGAAGCAAAAUGCACGUGUGUGUUGCCUGUCGCCGGAGGAGACCAGGAGACCUCAAGGGUACUUCAGCGCAGCUUAGGCUGGCCAAGGUGUUCCCAAGUUUCCUUAAGAUGCUACCAUGAGGAUCGAGCUGUACUUUGGUAGUUCAGCAUGCCAGGUUUUAUUAGGCAAGGCUCAUGACAAUGGUCUCCUGGGAUUGAGGCAAAGGCUUUAGUUCCGAUCCCCGGAAGGAUCUGAAAGGUCCACACAGUCUCUCUGGCCUUCUAGCUGGGCCGUGGAGACCCACAGAGGAGGGGAGAAGCUUGAAGCUUGAGAAGGACUUCCGUACUCGCAAGGCUGCUCAUGCUUGUCCUUCCUCCCGUGACCUGGAUCCCACCGAUGAGGUGUGUCUCCAUCAAGCAAGGCACUAGAUGGUGACGUGUUUAGCGUGGGAUCAGAUGCCGAAUUGUCACUAAAGGGCUGGCAGAAAUGGAAACCUGGCUGCACCCUAGGAGGUUAGUGCUAGUGAGGAGGAGAAGCCACGGCAGGGCUGAUUCAAAGCAGUUGUGGAGUAUGUGAGUGGCCCCUGGAGCCCUACCUGCCCUGUCCAUCAUGAUCCAGAGGCUAUGGGCCAGCCGUCUGCUACGGCACCGGAAAGCUCAACUCCUGCUGGUCAACCUGCUCACCUUUGGCCUGGAGGUGUGCCUGGCUGCCGGCAUUACCUAUGUGCCACCCCUUCUGCUGGAAGUCGGGGUAGAGGAGAAAUUCAUGACCAUGGUGUUGGGCAUUGGUCCAGUGUUAGGCCUGGUUUCUGUUCCACUCCUAGGCUCAGCCAGUGACCAGUGGCGUGGGCGCUAUGGCCGCCGGAGACCCUUUAUCUGGGCUCUGUCCCUGGGUGUCCUGCUAAGCCUCUUUCUCAUCCCGAGGGCUGGCUGGCUGGCAGGGCUGCUGUGCCCAGACACCAGGCCCCUGGAGUUGGCCCUGCUGAUCUUGGGAGUGGGGCUGCUGGACUUUUGUGGCCAGGUGUGCUUCACUCCAUUGGAGGCCUUACUCUCCGACCUCUUCCGGGACCCAGACCACUGUCGCCAAGCCUUCUCUGUCUACGCCUUCAUGAUCAGCCUUGGGGGCUGCCUGGGCUACCUCUUACCUGCCAUUGACUGGGACACCAGCGCUCUGGCCCCCUACCUGGGUACUCAGGAAGAAUGCCUCUUCGGCCUCCUCACCUUCAUUUUCCUCAUCUGCAUGGCAGCCACUCUGUUUGUGACAGAGGAGGCAGUACUGGGCCCGCCCGAGCCGGCAGAAGGGUUGUUGGUCUCUGCCGUGUCACGCCGAUGCUGCCCAUGCCACGUUGGCCUGGCUUUCCGGAAUCUGGGUGCCCUGUUUCCCCGGCUGCAGCAGCUGUGCUGCCGCAUGCCUCGCACCCUACGCCGGCUCUUUGUGGCUGAGCUGUGCAGCUGGAUGGCACUUAUGACUUUUACACUGUUCUACACGGACUUCGUGGGAGAGGGGCUGUACCAGGGUGUACCCAGAGCCGAGCCAGGCACCGAAGCCCGGAGACACUAUGAUGAAGGCAUUCGAAUGGGCAGCCUGGGGCUCUUCCUGCAGUGUGCCAUCUCCCUGGUCUUCUCCCUGGUCAUGGACAGGCUGGUACAGAAGUUCGGCACACGGUCAGUCUAUCUGGCCAGUGUGAUGACCUUUCCUGUGGCUGCCGCUGCCACCUGCCUGUCCCACAGCGUGGUGGUCGUGACAGCCUCAGCUGCCCUCACCGGGUUCACCUUCUCGGCCUUGCAGAUCCUGCCUUACACGCUCGCCUCCCUCUACCACCGUGAGAAGCAGGUGUUCCUGCCCAAAUACAGAGGGGACGCUGGAGGUAGCAGCAGUGAGGACAGCCAGACAACCAGCUUCUUGCCAGGCCCUAAGCCAGGAGCUCCCUUCCCCAAUGGACACAUGGGCUCUGGCAGCAGCGGCAUCCUGGUCCCUCCACCUGCACUCUGUGGGGCCUCUGCCUGCGAUGUCUCCAUGCGAGUGGUGGUGGGUGAGCCACCUGAGGCCAGGGUUGUUACGGGACGGGGCAUUUGCCUGGACUUGGCCAUCCUAGACAGUGCCUUUCUGCUGUCCCAGGUGGCUCCGUCCCUGUUCAUGGGCUCCAUUGUCCAGCUGAGCCACUCUGUCACUGCCUAUAUGGUAUCAGCUGCAGGCUUGGGUCUGGUCGCCAUUUACUUUGCUACACAGGUAGUGUUUGACAAGAACGACUUGGCCAAAUACUCAGUGUAGAAUUCUGUAAGGCAUCAAAGAGAGGGUCUGCCUCAUGGGUUCUCAGCCCUUAGAGGGCUGCAGAGCUGGCCUCUCCAGGUCUUUGUCGCUUAAGUGGCUCUCUGCUGCCACCCUAAGGCAGUGAGGUGUAUAGUUGCACAGAUAAGAGCCAGAGCUUUCGGGGCUCUGGCUUCAGAGUAUGGCUGGCCUACUGGCAGCUUCUCCAAUGGAUGUCAGCCUGAAGUUCUGCAGGGAUGCAAAUGUGGUCUGUCCAGGUGCUGUAUCAAGGCUCCAGGUCAACAGUUAACCUCCUGCUUAAGUCACCAAAGGGAGGAUUUGGGGGACCUGAACAAACUUCCCUCCAAGUCCCUUGACCAGAUUCUGCCACUGUUGCUCUUGCAUGGGAGUUUCUUGUAGGAAGCUCUCCUCCACAGGGUUUGGCAGGGUGGAAGUUGGAAGGAGGAACCCUAGCAGGCAAGAUGAAACCCCGUGAUCUACAGCACUGCCUUUCUGCUGAGUCUCCCACCCCCCACUUGUUUCAGGAAAUGGCUCAGCUUGUUGGCUACAGAGACGCAGGCCUUUAAAUAUUUAAUUUAUUUAUUUAACAAAUGAGAAGAAAAUUCAUUCCUAGCCUUUUUAUGUUGUGCCUAGGAGUUGAGUAGAGUGGGAUCCCCCAAAACUGGGUCCCCUAAAAUAGCUGGUCACUGUGCUAGAUAUUGCCAGACUCCUCUUCUUGGGUGAUAGAUAGGGUCCCCCAAACUGCUCAGCCCAGUACCUCGGGCAAUCUGUUCAUCCUAAUUGAGAGCCAUAAGAUGUUCCUGCUCAAGGAUUGGGACCCAAGGUCUCCUCAGCAUACCAAAUCCCAAUUCUCUCUUGACCCAGUUUGGUUCCCUGAUUGCCCACUUCUCCCUAUGGGAAAGGACUGUGAAGAGAUUGCCCUUACAAGUCUGUCCCCUGGCUCCAGGACCUCUCUAUGGGGCUUUCUGAAUCCUAAGCACAAAUGUGGUUCCGUAGGCUUCUGCCCAUCUCAGCCUCUGGGGCAUAUCUGUCACAGCCUGGGGAAUUUCACACAAACUCAGGAGUACUCCCUGCCAGAGCCAGUGAGCUCAUCACGUCUAGGGGGAUUUCAGUGCUGAUUGCAAUAAUGUUAUCUAUGUCUUAUUUAUUUAGCAGAGUAAAUAUUUUAUACCGUAUGUGAUAAAUCAGAGUAUAAUGUUUAUGGUGAUGAAAUUAAAAGCUUCGUAUAUGUUUACUUGA